AGCCGGGGCUGGAGCGGUGCGCGGCUGUGGGGUCGAGACCGCGCGGCGGUUGAGCGGCGGGAGGCGGCGGCGGGCGGGCGAGGGCCCCGCGGAGUGGCUGCACGCAGGCAUGAGCCCCCGGCUGCGUGGUUGGGCCCGGUAGCACACCGUGGGACGGGAGUGUGUGCCCCACACAUGGUUUGGCCCUGCAGCGACCAGAGCAGUCCGGGCCGCCACCAUGAUGAAGCUGUUGGUGGCCAAAAUCCUUUGCAUGGUGGGCGUGUUCUUCUUCAUGCUGCUUGGCUCCUUGCUCCCCGUGAAGAUCAUCGAGACGGAUUUUGAGAAGGCCCAUCGCUCAAAAAAGAUCCUCUCACUCUGCAACACCUUUGGAGGCGGGGUCUUUCUGGCCACAUGCUUCAAUGCUCUCCUGCCAGCCGUGAGGGAGAAGCUCCAGAAAGUUCUGAGUCUCGGGCACAUCAGCACUGACUACCCACUGGCCGAGACCAUCGUGAUGCUGGGCUUCUUCAUGACCGUCUUCCUGGAGCAGCUCAUCCUGACCUUCCGCAAGGAGAAGCCAUCCUUCAUCGACCUGGAGACCUUCAACGCUGGCUCCGAUGCCGGCAGUGACUCGGAGUACGAGAGCCCCUUCAUGGGGGGCGCGCGGGGCCACGCGCUCUAUGCAGAGCCCCACGCCCACGCCCACGGGCUGAGUGUCCAGGAGCUGUCGCGCUCCAGCCCACUGCGCCUCCUCAGCCUGGUGUUUGCCCUGUCGGCGCACUCCAUCUUCGAGGGCCUGGCCCUGGGCCUGCAGGAGGAUGGAGAGAAGGUAGUGAGCUUGUUCGUGGGGGUGGCCAUCCACGAGACACUGGUGGCUGUGGCCCUGGGCAUCAGCAUGGCCAGGAGCGCCAUGGCCCUGAGGGACGCGGCCAAGCUGGCCGUCACCGUCAGCGCCAUGAUCCCCCUGGGCAUCAGCAUUGGCCUGGGCAUCGAGAGCGCCCAGGGUGUGCCCAGCAGCGUGGCCUCCGUGCUGCUGCAGGGCCUGGCGGGCGGCACGUUCCUCUUCGUCACCUUCUUCGAGAUCCUCGCGAAGGAGCUGGAGGAGAAGAGCGACCGUCUGCUCAAAGUCCUCUUUCUGGUGCUGGGUUAUGCCAUCCUGGCCGGCAUGGUCUUCCUCAAGUGGUGAGGUGCCCAUCGCCCGCCCACCGGACCCAGGUGACCCCCCACUCCCCUCCCCCGAAGCGGGGGAGCUCAGGCCCUGGCCCCACCUGUGCACAGAUCCGACACCCUGAGCCUGGGGCACAGCAACUACUUUUAAAAAUACUUCUCUUAAAAUUAUUUACCAAA